GCGGUAGCUGUCAGCGUUUGUGUUUCCCCGAGUUUGAAUUCUUGCAGGUGACCAAGAUGGAGUUUUCCAAAAAAAAGUGGAGGAUGCCGAGAUUGGCAGGUGACCAGAGGAAUGCUUCCUACCCUCAUUGCCUUCAGUUUUACUUGCAGCCACCGUCUGAAAACAUAUCUUUAAUAGAAUUUGAAAACUUGGCUAUUGAUAGAGUUAAAUUGUUAAAAUCAGUUGAAAAUCUUGGAGUGAGCUAUGUGAAGGGAACUGAACAAUACCAGAGUAAGUUGGAGAGUGAGCUUCGAAAGCUCAAGUUUUCCUACAGAGAAAACUUAGAAGAUGAAUAUGAACCGCGAAGAAGAGAUCAUAUUUCUCAUUUUAUUUUGCGGCUUGCUUAUUGCCAGUCUGAAGAACUUAGACGCUGGUUCAUUCAACAAGAAAUGGAUCUCCUUCGAUUUAGAUUCAGCAUUUUACCCAAGGAUAAAAUUCAGGAUUUCUUAAAGGAUAGCCAAUUGCAGUUUGAGGCUAUAAGUGAUGAAGAGAAGACUCUUCGAGAACAGGAGAUUAUUGCCUCAUCACCAAAUUCGAGUGGAUCUAAGGUGGUGUUGGAGUCCAUUUAUAAGAUCCCUUUUGCUGAUGCUCUGGAUUUGUUUCGAGGAAGGAAAGUCUAUUUGGAAGAUGGCUUUGCUUACGUACCACUUAAGGACAUUGUGGCAAUCAUCCUGAAUGAAUUUAGAGCCAAACUGUCCAAGGCUUUGGCAUUAACAGCCAGGUCCUUGCCUGCUGUGCAGUCUGAUGAAAGACUUCAGCCGCUGCUCAACCACCUCAGUCAUUCCUACACUGGCCAAGAUUACAGUACCCAGGGAAAUGUUGGGAAGAUUUCUUUAGAUCAGAUUGAUUCGCUUUCUACCAAAUCCUUCCCACCUUGCAUGCGUCAGUUACAUAAAGCCUUGCGGGAAAAUCACCAUCUUCGUCAUGGAGGCCGAAUGCAGUAUGGCCUAUUCCUGAAAGGCAUUGGUUUAACUUUGGAACAGGCAUUGCAGUUCUGGAAGCAAGAAUUUAUCAAAGGAAAGAUGGAUCCAGACAAGUUUGAUAAAGGUUACUCUUACAACAUCCGUCAUAGCUUUGGAAAGGAAGGCAAGAGGACAGACUAUACACCUUUCAGUUGCUUGAAGAUUAUUCUAUCCAAUCCACCAAGCCAAGGGGAUUAUCAUGGGUGCCCAUUCCGUCACAGUGAUCCAGAGCUGCUGAAGCAAAAGUUGCAGUCAUACAAGAUCUCUCCUGGAGGGAUAAGCCAGAUUUUGGAUUUAGCAAAGGGGACACAUUACCAGGUAGCCUGUCAAAAAUACUUUGAGAUGAUACACAAUGUGGAUGAUUGUGGCUUUUCUUUGAAUCAUCCUAAUCAGUUCUUUUGUGAGAGCCAACGUAUUCUAAAUGGUGGUAAAGACAUAAAGAAGGAGCCUAUCCAACCAGAAACUCCUCAACCCAAACCAAGUAUCCAGAAAGCCAAGGAUGCAUCAUCUGCUCUGGCCUCUUUAAAUUCCUCUCUAGAAAUGGAUAUGGAAGGACUGGAAGAUUACUUUAGUGAAGAUUCUUAGGCAGUUUUGUAACCCUUUAUCCUCAAUAGCCUUCAUUUUGUUUGUAAGAUUUUGCUUUUGUUGUUGUUGAAAAAGGGUUUCACUCUGUCACCCAGGCUGUAGUGCAGUGACACAAUUACAGCUGAUUGUAGCCUCGACCUUUCCAGCUCAAGUGAUCCUCCUGCCCCAGCCUCC